AUGGCUGAAAAUACAUUAAACAUAGGAGAAAUUAGUAAAAUAUGCAUAAGAUGUAGUAAGCCAGUUGGUACCGGAUUAAGAUGUGUGAGAUGUGGCACUCUGUCGCACAAAAGUUGUUUAAAAUAUAUAAAAGCCCAAUUCAUUGAUGAUUACACUUGCAUUUGCUGUUCUGACGCUACACUAGGAGUAACAGGCAACAGUCAAAUACAAACUAAUAUAACCAAUUACGACAAUGCUCAAGAUAGUUGCGAUGAUAAUGUUGAAAAUAAAAUAUUCAGGGAAAAGAUCAUUUAUUUGGAAAAGAUCAUUAAAGAAAAGGAUGAUACAAUUAAAUUCCAAAACAUAUCUAUACAGUCAUUGCAAGAACAAAUAUCACUGAUGAAGAGGGUUAACGAAAUUUUUAACACCAAGACACCAUUGGAAAUACCGUUAAUUAGUCAACAGUCUGUGGAAAUAUCUGGACCUACUAAGAGGGACGAGGAAAAAAAUUCACGAGACCUCACACCACAAGCCACCGUUAAUUUGAUUAAGCCACAAGAAAUUAGAGCUGCUAUACAUAAUGCACAGGCUUCGCGAAUUUGCGAAGAUAUUAUAAACUCCAACAAGAGCAUGACAUCCUCCCAAUUAUCCAAGAGAAAUACCAAACCCAGAAAUAUACUAGUUGGAAGUGGUGGAAAUGCAGGUAACUGUCCUUUUAAAUCAGCUCCAAAUAAACAUCUUAGACAUUUCCACAUUACUAAUAUGGAAGUAAGCGUAGAAGGAGAGGAACUGAAAAAAUAUUUAUCACAAUUUGCUCCUGAUGUUAUUGUUCACAAAAUAAAUGUCAGAUAUCCUAAUGAUUUAGAAAAGGGGAGAAGAAAAUUAAAACAGGCAGAAAAUUCAAGUGACCUAAAUUCAGAAUUUGAUGAGGAAGCACCCAGAAAAAGAGUGCGAGCAAAAAAAAAAAAUUUGUAGUAGCAGCGAGGAUGAGAGUAAUGAAGAAAGUGCAUUGGAAAGGCCUCCAAAAAUCUUAAAGAAAAAUAUAUUAAAGAAAUGUAACGGUAAUAAAAUUUUAUGUUUUACAUACCUUUAGUAAUUACUGCAAUCACAUACAUUUUGAAUUUUAACUGAUACAUUAAAAAAUGCUUUUUGUUAAGUAUGGAUAUAUGUUUUUUUUGCGAUGUUAAGGGGAAGAAAAUGUUUCCGUUUAACGGUGUACUCAAGAAAUAUUUGAAUGUUAUUUUCAAGGAAAAAUUUUUCAGGGUAAACAAAAUUAUCGCUGUCAUGUCUUGUGUGAUUUUUUAAAUAGAAAUUAUUUUGUUUUUAACCAUUUUGCUCAGGAUAGUGCUUGGCACAGGUGCCGUUUGAUAAAAUAUACAAUGUUCUUAAAUUCCGUUAUCAAAUGACAGCCGAAAUUUGCAUUCCAUUUUUUUCAGAAG